AUGGCCAACACACACGACUUCACCGAGGUCAAGAAGGACAUCAUCUCUCUUCUGAAGCAACCCGAAUACGACGAUGGCUCUGCCGGACCUGUUCUUGUACGACUCGCAUGGCAUUCAGCCGGGACAUACUGUGCGGAGACAGACACUGGAGGCAGCAAUGGAGCUGGAAUGAGAUACGAAGCCGAAGGAGGUGAUCCAGCGAACGCGGGGCUUCAACACGCAAGAGUCUUCCUCGAACCUGUAAAGGCCAAAUACCCCUGGAUCACAUAUGCAGACUUGUGGACUCUUGCUGGCGUCGUUGCGAUUGAAGCCAUGGGAGGUCCUAAGAUCGAUUGGUAUCCUGGACGGACGGACUACGUGGAUGAUAGCAAGCUACCGCCUCGUGGUCGCCUACCAGACGGUGCCUUGGGUAGCGAUCACUUGAGGCAUAUCUUCGGACGCAUGGGUUUCAAUGACCAAGAGAUCGUUGCGCUUUCAGGUGCACACAWCCUGGGGAGAUGUCAUUCAGACAGAUCCGGCUUUCACGGUGCUUGGGUAAACAACCCGACGCGAUUCUCGAACAGUUACUACAAGCUCAUGAUGGACCGAGAGUGGCGCGAAAAGGUACUGGACAACGGUGUACGACAGUACGUCUACUACGACGAAGAUGCAGAGGAAGAGUUGAUGAUGUUGCCCACCGAUCUUGCAUUGCUUGAGGACCCAAGCUUCAAGAAAUACGUUYAACUCUACGCCAGCGACAAGGACAAGUUCUUCGAGGACUUCUCGAAGGUGUUCGCCAAGCUGGUCGAACUUGGCAUUCAAAGGGACGAGUCUGGAAAGGUCGUGAACACAGACAACCUCAAGGGAGGAUAUCACGCUGCACCGAAGAAGAGCUCAAAUCCUGGCAAGGAGGACGAAGUGGAUCGGUAUGGGGAAGCGGAGCCGCUUCGCAAGCACAACCAGCAGAUCAGAUCGAGAUUAUGA